UUAACCUCCCAGUGCCAGUCUCCAGCAGCACAUGGGCGGUUCAGGUUUAAUGUUUAAGCUUUUACUCCCCCCUCUGCUCUCCACACACUGGCCGAUCGCCCUGCAUGUGUGGAAUCGAGUGUCUGCCGUCAGGAGUGAGUCACCUGAGAGAGUAAAGAGGUUGAACUGCGUGGGCUUCCUGGACACGGCAGCCAUUUUACAGAAGAGAACAGGUCCUACGUGGGUCCAGCAUCUGCAUGACUAGAGGGCAAUUGGGGUCAAAGCGGGACUGUGUGAUCACCUCUUUCUCAAUGAAUCACCAGAAUCCUCCUGCAGCAUGAAAAGCUGGAGUAAAACACUCGAGAGUCAAGAGGCUGACAGCGUGGUCGGGUCCUCCUCCAGCAAGAGGAACUCCAUCAGUGAUCCACCGGUGCCUGUGUGGGUGACUCACACACCCACACCGGAUAACAACACAGAUGAGGAUGAUGACACUAACCCUGCCACUUCACCUCCUGCAGAGGAAGAGAAAAAAGGGAGCAUGAAGGACAGGCUGAAGUCCCUCCUCCCUCAGUCAUGGGGGCGUAGUAGUCCUAAAAGAACACCAGAAAGUGACAGUUUAAAUGACUCUGAAGGCAGCUCCAGAGAGAUCAAGAUCCUCCCUAAUGGGACCAGGGUGAGCCCUCCUGUAAGCCCCCUGGUGGGGCGCAGAAACUGGGCUGAGUCUCACAGCAGCUCCAGCAAAAGCUCCCAUAAGCUUUUGCUAAGGGAGAGCCCCUCUGAUGAUCUGUUCAAUCAGAGCCUCAGAGAGGAAUCCCUCCUCACCAGUAUCCACCCUGCAGAGUACUACGCUGAAAAACUAGAGGUCUACAACCUGAAGUACUCUUAUUUAAAGUCCUGGCCAGGGCUGCUCAGACUCCUAGCAGGACUCCAGCUCCUAUUUGGAGGCAUGGUGUUUGCAUGCGUCAUCUCCUAUGUUCACAAAGACAGUGAGUGGUCCAAUACCUACGGGCACUAUAACGGUGCAUAUAACAAUGGGAUGGGCCUGUCUGGGUACAGCUACGCAGGCCCAAUGACGGCUUUCAUACUAGCAGUAGCAGGACUCUCCUGGAUUAUCACUUUCAUCCUCCUGGUGAUAGGAAUGACGAUGUAUUAUCGCACCAUCCUCCUCGACGCUCACUGGUGGCCGCUGACGGAGGCUUUCAUCAACGUGACUCUGUUCCUACUCUACAUGGCAGCAGGGAUUGUCUACCUGAACGACUUGAACCGCGGAGGGCUGUGCUACAUGACAAUAGGUGUUAACCCCAUCCUGGCUAAUUUGUGUAGGGUUGACGGCGGCCAGAUGGCAGGGACCGCUUUCAUCUUCAUCAACAUGGCAAUGUAUCUGGGAAGUUUCCUGGUGUGUCUGAAGAUGUGGAGGCACGAAGCCACAAGAAGGGAAAGGGAGGACUUUGAAAACCAGGAGGAGUUUCACCAGUCCAUCCCGCUUACACUCCAGAAAACAAAGCACAUAUCAUUCAAGGAUGAAAUUGAUCAUCCUUUUAAGAAAAGUAUCAACAACCAAUCAGUGUUCAACCCAGAGGUCCAUAAUAAACCAGUCAGUCUGAGCAGAGCACUAGCGCCUGGAUACACCCCUAAAGUGCAUGUUGUCGCCGACUACAUCAUAAAGUAUCCAGAGAUCAGCAGUGUGGAAGAAAGGGAAGAGUACAAAGCUGUGUUCAAUGACCAGUAUCAGGAAUACAAGGACCUCUACCGAGACGUCAGUGACACCCUCAAUAAGUUCAGAGACCUGGACGCCAUGAUGGAAAAACUGCUCAGGGAUGGAGAGAGCCGAGAAAGUGAACAGAGGAUUCAAGGCCUUCUGAAGACGUUGCAGCAGAAGAAGAAUGACCCUGCUUUCCUGGAGAAAAAGGAGCGCUGUGAUUAUUUAAAAGCUAAAUUAAGCCACAUCAAAAACAGAAUACGCACUUUUGACCAGGAACCAUGAAUGAAGAAGAGUUGACCUGCACCAAAUGAUGAACGAAUACAGCACAGCACUUCUUCUUCAGUGGUUGUUUUCUUAUUGUGUUGUAUUGCAUCAGUAUGUUGACAGAUUCCAAUAUUUUUGUUUUGAAUCAAAGUAUAUUUUUAUUACGGGGGUUGCCAUUAGCCUAUAGCGUGCACCCCAUGUACAGAGACUACAUUCCUUGCUGCAGCGGUUGCGUGUUUGACUCUCUGUGUUGACCAUUUUCUGUAUGUCUUCACCCGCUCUAUCAAAUAAAGGGAAAAUGACCCAGAAUACAAGUUUUAAAUAAUAUAUAUAAUUUUUUUACAUAAAAAAUUGACUGAACAUGUAUUUGUAUAUCAUUUUUUACAGGCCUCAAUAUGAGGUUGGAGUUGACUUGAAACUUGAUUUUUAACACAUUUUUUUACUCCUGAACUACAUUCCUUUUGUAUUGCUUUCAUUAUUAUAUCACCCUUUUUAUGGGUUUAUCAUCUUGUUGAUCCAUGUGCAUGAUUUAAUUGUAACUCCUGCUAUUAAUGUGAGUAGCGAAAAGAAAAGGUUGUGCUGAUAUAUUUUUAACUAAUACUUCAUCUGCAAUGCCAUUUUUGUGUUUUAUUUACAACUUUUGAUUUGUAAUAUCAGCUGUUUUUUUGUUCUUACCACCCAACUAAAGGAUGAAUGUAUCAUUUUUAUUCUU